UCAAACUCAAGGACUUCCUCCACAGUUCACACAGCAUACUAUUUCAGCAUUCACACAAGCUAUUUCUUCAUUUAACACUUGCUCCACAUCCUAAAAGAAAUAUGGCCAUCAGUAUGAGGCGCAUUCUCCGUGGAAACCAAGGAGGUCUCAAAAGGUCUUCCUCAAGAACAAACAGAGAAAGCGAGGUUCCUAAGGGCCACUUUGCAGUCUAUGUAGGCGAGGGAGAAAAGAAACGCUUUGUCCUUCCAAUAACAUACUUGAAGCAUCAUUCGUUCCAAGAACUGCUAUGUCAAGCUGAAGAAGAAUUCGGAUUUGAUCAUCCAAUGGGUGGCCUUACGAUUCCUUGUCCGGAGGAGACCUUCGUGAAUAUCAUCUCUAGCUUGGAGUAGUAGAUCUUGAUAUACUUCAGAUAUCCUAGUUCCUAGACAUGAAAGCAAUUUUGUAGAAACGCUUAUUCUUGUACAAUGUUCUAAUUUUUUCCUUCCUGGUCAAAUUGGGAAGCAUAUAAAACAAGUAAUUUCUCUCAUCAAUUGUUCUGAAUCUAUCUAACCCGUAUUACGGAUUAUCCCGAAUGAUUAAAGCCAUAGGAUAGGA